GCACAGCUCCUAAUCAUUAAUACUAAUAGUGACUGCGCAAGCCAUUUUACAUUACCUGCUGCGACCUACCCACCCAACCGGCAGUGACGCCACCAGCCAUUUCACGCACCGUCCGCCGCCCGCUACACCUCCCCCCCUUCCCUCCACAACCGAGAGGGCUCGCGUCGUCGUCGUUGCUGCUUUGCUUCACAUCCAUCCAACCCUCCAACACUACUCUUUGUACAUUCUCCGUCUCUCUUACAAGAGACUAGCACCAAGACCAUGGCGCAGUCCCUGCAGCACUUCCCUCCGGGUGGCCAAGAACUACACCAAAGGUUACACGGACACGCAGACCAAGGUCCGAGACGCAACCUCGAACGAUCCUUGGGGACCGUCGGGCACCCAGAUGAACGAGAUUGCGCAGUUGACGUACAACCAGAGCGACUUUGUCGAGAUCAUGGAGAUGCUCGACAAGCGUCUCAACGACAAGGGCAAGAACUGGCGCCAUGUCUUCAAGGCGCUCACCGUCCUCGACUACUGCCUUCAUGCCGGAUCUGAGAACGUCGUCAUCUACUUCAAGGACAACUUGUACAUCAUCAAGACGCUCAAGGAGUUUGUCUAUGUCGACGACCAGGGCAAGGACGUCGGCCACAAUGUCCGCCAGAAGGCAAAGGACAUUACGAACCUGUUGCAGGACGAGGAGAGACUUCGGUCGGAGAGGAGGUCUCGUGGUGCUAUGCGUGACCGCAUGCUCGGCAACCUGGCGGAGAGCGGCUUGCGUGGAGAGGACGACUAUGGUGGACCGCGCCGCCGUCACUCGAACGAUGGACCUACACCGGCCAGCCGCCCCCAGCCGACGAGAAGCCGUACCACCGGUGGAGACGACGACGAGCUGCAGCGUGCUCUCCAGGCGAGUAUCGACAGCAACAACGACGAGCAGAGACGCCGAAACCAGGACAGACAGGAGGAGGACGACCUCCAGAAGGCCCUCAGAAUGUCCGAGGAGGAGGAGGCGCGGAAAAAGCGCGAGGCGGAGGAGUCGACCAAGAAUGCGCUCUUCGACGACAGCUUGAACCUCGACUCCAACAACCUCUACCAGCAGCAGAACCAGCAGCCCGUCGACUUGUUCGCCCAGCAGCCUACUGGCUUCCAGCUCGUGGACGUCAACAACCCGUGGGGCCAGCAGCAGCUUCAGCCCCAGUACACGUCGUACAACCCAUUCCACGCUCAGAUGCUCGCCCAGCAGCAGCAACAGCAGCAGGAAGAGGAGCUCCGCCAGCAGCAGUUGCUCCAGCAGCAGCAACAGCAAGAGUACUUGCGCCAGCAGCAGCUCCUCCAGCAACAGCAGCAGGCCAGCUUGCUUCCCCAGCCUACUGGCUACGGCUCAAACAACCCGUUCGCGCCCAAGCAGCCCCAGUCGUCGCUUCUUGACCCUCAGCCAGGAAGCAGCUUCAACAACUCAUUCCUUCCCGUGCCCCAGGCUACGACGUCGCAGACGCCUUCUCCGUCGUUCACGCAGCAGCAGCCGCUCACACCGUCGUCGCCUCCCAAGACGACUGUCAAGCCUGCAUGGCAGGCGCCUGUCAGAGCCGACGACGGCAACCACGCGGACCUUGCCAACCUCAUUGGCCGUGGUCGCGAGGACGGCCUCGACACGUUCGGCAACGUUGGAAACCUGCGUGUGCCCACAGGCAGCGUGUUCCACCAGUCGAACCGCGUUGCGGUCCAGCAGACUGGCAUUCAGUCGCAGGCUACGGGCUUCGGUGCCAACAACCCAUUCGGCCGCCCCCCGCAGCAGCAGCAGCAGAACAGCGACCAACCCUUCUUCUCCAUCUAGGCGUAUGUCGUGUUGAUUGAAUAUUCACGAACAGGUGUUGUUAUGCCUGGUAUUUGGCGCAUUGGGGGAGCAUUAGCGGAAGGAGCCAUUGGUGUUUGUUGUGGCGAAUUGUUAGAUAUACCCUUUUCACGUAACGAUAUGCAGUGUUUCGAGGCGAG